CACUUGUCACUUUCUUGUUUCCUUUCCUGCUGUUUAUUAUUAUUGUUGUUGUGUUGAAAUUUGAAAUAUUAAAUAUUAUUAUCAAAGAAACAAUAGUGUAGUUUCCUAUUAUAGCCUGUAAACCAAGAAAUGGAAGGGCAACAAAAAAAAAAUGGGGAUCCUCCCGCUGUUCCCCCUGGCUGGAAUGAUCCUCCAAUGCUUAAAUACACUCCACAAAAUCCUCCUCCAAAAUCAAGAAUUACGAAUAAAAGAGUAGCAUUUCCCGUUGGACCACCAAGUAGUACUGAAGAACUUCCAAAACCAUCGGUCCAUUCACCCCUCAAAACAUCUUUACCACCUCUGGCACUACCGUUAAUCCCGCUUGGUCAACCUUGCAACACGAGCUUAUUUGCAAAAGCAAGCACUAAUUUCAAUAAUCUGAUAGACAAGAUUGAGGACCAUGAUAUUAAAGACAGAGUAAACCAAAUGCUCAAUGAUUGGCAAACUGGAAAAUUCACAAAUGAAGUACAAAACACCCUAACUGAUUUUUCAACAUGUAUAGUUGAUAAUAAUUUAACUGGAGCAAAAGAACUUUUCUCAAGAUUGAAUGUGCCCAAUGAUGGAAAUAUAAUGGUCAAGCCUUAUUUAUCUUCUUUGAAGUACCUAUUUAUGUAGCUUGAAUAGGUUAUUUUUUGAUAAACAUUUUUGUAUGAAAAGUGUGGUGCCAAGUACCUAAAGCUGGGGUAUAGUUAAAUUUUUUUGUCUUGGUGCUUUUUGGUUUUAUCUACUAGGCAUAUUUUCUAUAGAUAUACGAGAUUAAUUUUAAUCCUAUUUUUUUUUAUUACCAACUAGGUAAUUAUUUUGAAAAUGAAGGCUGGUUUAGUCAGCUAAUAGUGUAUAAUGCACAAUUCUUGAUGCUCAAUUUUAAAACUUCUGUUUUAUAUGUAGCCGUUUUGCCAACUCUAAGUGUCUUAUUGAUAAUUUAGUGUUUAAUUCACAAUACACAAACUUGACCGUCCUUGACUUUUAACGUUUUAAGAAUUAAGCAAUAAAAUUUGGCCUGUGCGCAUGCAUGCGUAUGUCACAAUCGCAAAAUUUGCCAGUUUGAUUGCCAUCAAGUCUUGUUUAACUUCAUCGUUAAUAAUAUUUAUCUUGAAUUGUAUUUGAUAUCUCGAUAUUGAUAAAAUAAUAACAAACAGCAAUAAAGCCAGCUGGCUAAACCGGCCUUUAAUAUGAUAAUUUUAUAAAGUGCAGAGAAAAAAAUAUAUUUUGUUAGUAUCUUGUUUAUUUUAACUAUUGUUUUUUGAAAUAAAUGCAAAAUUUAUUGCUUGCAUACAUUUGCCCUUGAAGAAUCCACACAAAAAUAAUAUGCAAUACCUAAUUUUGAGAAUUUACAAUUUACCUACUUGGCCCUCCAAAACCUUGAUGGAUUAUCAGGGUGUCAAUUUGAAAACUUCCCACCCCUAUUAUCUCGGAGUAGAAAAUUUUUCGAAAAAAUCCCUGAAACACGUCAACUUUAAUUUGAAGGGGGAUGAGUUUUUAUGCAAAAUUCACCUUCCCUCUUUCAACCCCCCAGCCCCCAGAGCCACCCCCUAGAAAAUUUUAAAUAGGAAGGGGGAUCAAGUGAUACAUCAUUUUGCAGGGUUUUUAAUUCCAUACAUUUUGGUACUAAAUUUAAGUCCCUAAGUUCAACUGUUUUGGAAAUAUGGACAGUUGAAAAUUGACUUUUUUGCUACUUUGACAGGCUGUAAAACCUAAACGGUUAAUUUUAGAGGAAAACCGACCUUACAUUCUUAGAUUCUUAGAUUUUCAUAAACUAUCAUUUGACACCAUUUUUGAAUUUAACCAGAGAUUAAAUUUUCAACCGAAAUUUUUGAUCAUAGAUCAUAUUCGAAGUUGCUGUCAAAUGAUAGUUUAUAAAAAUCUAAGAUACGAAUGUAAGAUCGGUUUUUCUUUAAAAUUAACCGUUUAGGUUUUUCAGCCUGUCAAAGUAGCAAAAAAGUCAAUUUUCAACUCUCAAUAUUUCCAAAACAAAUGAACUUAGGGACUUAAAUUUAGUACCAAAAUGUAUGGAAUUAAAAACCCUGGAAAAUGAUUUAUCACUUGACCCCCCU